AUGAACGGAUUUCUCACUACGCGGCGCAGACAUGCCACAUCGUCAGGCGACCCGUCUCCUGAUGUCACAUCUAUUUCUUCCCUGUCUGGUUCCGCCAGCCCUCCAGAUACGGGUGUUGACAUAUCAUCCACCGACUAUGCCCAUAGGCGAAGAGAGCUUAUGAAAAUGAUGGCUGACCUCAAAUCCAUGGGUGCCGAAGCGCUCAUUGACUUACCAUCAGUAGUCGUCAUUGGUGGUCAAUCAGCGGGAAAAAGCUCGCUCGUCGAAGCCGUCAGCGGGAUCAAUGUCCCGAGGGACAGCGGGACAUGUACAAGAUGUCCUAUGGAAUGUACCAUGUCGAGUCAUGCCACGUCGUGGUCUUGCACUAUUACCUUGCGGAUGAGCUUCGAUAGUAAUGGUCGAGACACGGCAAAGACUAUUACGGUGCCCUUUGGCCGAACGAUUACCGAUAGAAAUGAGGUUGAAGUUUGGCUGCGUCGUGCCCAGUCAGCCAUUCUCAACCCGAACAUCCCUUCUUCAAAUUUCCACACGAAGACCAUCGAGGAACUCAGGAACACAAGGAAUACACUAAAGUUCUCCCGCAACGUGGUGUGCGUCUCCAUUGAAGACCCCGAUGCGACAGACUUGUCCUUCUAUGAUCUACCGGGUUUGAUCCAAAACGAAGAAGCCGAAACUGUUGCCCUCGUGAAAAGUUUGGUGGAACAUUACACCCAAAAAAAUAAUACCAUCAUAUUGACUACAAUUCCCAUGAGUGAUGACAUGGAAAAUCAACAAUCCAUGAGUCUUGCCAGGGCUGCGGACCCCGACGGAAAGCGAACAAUUGGUGUCCUUACGAAACCUGACACGCUCGGUGCCGGUGCUAUCAAUCAGCGCAAGAGAUGGGUAGAAAUCAUUGAGGGCCGUUCGGAGGAUCACAAAUUGAAGCACGGUUUUUACUGCGUGCGUCUUCCUGAUGAUGCCGAACGCACACAGCGCCUGUCUCGUGCUGAGUUGCAAAGGCGUGCCGCUGAAUAUUUCGACACAACGCCGCCGUGGAAUGGCGUGACCGACCGUCGUCGGUUCGGAAUUCCGGGUUUUGUCUCCGAUGUCAGCCGACUGCUCAUCCAGCUGAUCGAGGAAGCUUUACCACGCCUCAGGGAAGAUAUCGACAAGCUCCUUGCUCAAUGUAACAAGGAUUUCGACGCAUUGCCCCCGCCACUUACAAAUGACCCACAAAUUGAGGUUUUGGGACGUGUUAACACAUUCUGCGACGUCUUCAAGAGCUUUGUGAAUGGCAGUCACGAAGACAAGGGUCUUGCACAGCGGAAUCGCGCUCUCUAUGCUAUCUUUAAGAGGGAUAUACGCGGCACUGCUCCUGACUUUAGGCCUUUUGAAAAACCGGAAGAGUAUGUUCCACUGGAUGACACCGCGGGGAAGAUGACUCUUACUGAACGAGACCCCGGCGUGAAAAUGAUGGGUAUAUAUGACGUCAGAAAGGUCAUUCACGAGGCAAUUGGAUGGGAGCUUCCGAACAAUGUACCAUAUCAGGCGAAGGCGAACCUCAUCGCUCAAUUCACUAAACUCUGGUUCGCUCCAUCUAAGCGUUGUCUUGCCGGUAUCAAUGAUGUACUCGAUCAAAUCAUCGACACACUCAUAAGCACCCAUUUUGGACGCUUCAGAGUACUCGAGGGCUAUGUUGGCGAUUUGAUUAGAAUUGAGGUUGGUAUCUGCAAGGCACGCGCCGAAGAAGCUGUCAAAUCAGUCUUGGCCCUGGAAACUACUCCGUACUAUACUCAGAACAAGCACUAUCUUGAAACACUCCGCGACAAAUGGUUGGCUCAUUACAAGAUAGUUCGGAGUAGAGCGUCUCAGUACAAGGCCCCCGUACAUCUUAUUCAGCAGAGUUAUCCAGCCACGUACUUUGACGACAAUCGCGAAGGACCGCCGAUAGCUGAAAGGACGCCCGAAGCCAAAGCUUUGAGGGCGCUUGCAGAAGCAGGGUAUGCAAAUCUCAAGAUACCCGAUCUUGCGCGUCUGUUACCUCCCGACUCCUUCCAAGAAGAGCUAAUCGUAAUGGCCGAUGUUCGAGCCUAUUAUCACGUCGCCUACAAGCGCAUCAUUGACCAUAUUCCUCUAACGAUUGAACAUGCCCUCCACCAUGCCCUGACGCAACAGCUGUCGCAGAGCCUUCUUACGAGCUUGCUGACCGAUGUUGCGUCUGGGCCCAACUUCUCUGACCGUAUGGUCAGCGAAGACCCUUCCGUUGCUCAGAAACGCGCAUCACUCUCGACAAGAAAACAACGCCUAUCAGACAUUCGCCGAAAACUCAUGACUUUCGGCAAUAAUAUUUGA